CAAUUUUCAGUUUGCUUUGCUCUGUACACCCGUACUCGUCGCCUCUCACCUCCGCGGCGUUUUGAUUUUUCUACUACAGUGUUGCUGCGACUCUACCACAUACAAAAAAGAAAAAAAGAAUUGCUGCGCGCUGCUAAAGUUUUUUCCACAGACAUACACACACACAAACGCGCGCACACCACUCCAAGUAAUUUAUCAUAUAUAUGUAUGUGUAAAUAAAAAUCUAGUUGGAAUUAUUAAGCGGCAUUAAAACAAGUAUUUUGGGCCCUCCUGGCGAGCUGUGCCAUUGAAAAUCAUCGAAAAAUUUAAUCUAUGUACAUAUUAACAUAAGUAAAUGAGCAACAUUCACAAUAGACACACAUGUCGUCGUCAUCGAGAAACACAGUCGCCGUCAUAGCUGCAGCCCAGGAACAAAACCAGCAACAGCAACAUCGACAACAGCAGCAACAGCAACCACAGCUAAACAACGACAAAGUUACAGCACUUGCGACACAGCAAAAUUUGAAUCCUAAGUAUUGGCUGUUACCGGAUUUAGCAGCUGCAGCAGCAACAGGCAGUACAUUAACCCAUGUGAACGGUCUAGGACAGCAGCAAUCACAACAUAUACAUGGAACAAUCAGAAGUGACGACAGCGCCCGAGAGCAGCAGCAGCAACAGCAAUAUGUAGGAGCGUUGCAGCCACAGCAGCAGCAGCAGAACGCCAUAGAAAUCAAGGAGGAGCGGCAACAAGCUGCCUCAAAUACACAUACUACUACUGCAAGGAACAAGGAACCAACAGGACUUGAGCAACAACAGCAGCAACAACAACAACAUCAACAGCAGCAUCUUAUUAUGCAGCACGUGAGCGCCGCAAGCUCAGUGCCUUCGGUGGUUGCACCGGUGGUAACGACUGGCGGCGGCACAACGAUAACACUUGGCGGAGCACCACCAUUGCCAACUACCAAGUCAGAGAUCAAAGAGGACGGCAAACCGCCACACAGCAUUGAAAUGUAUAAAGUCAAUAUUGAGGACAUUUCACAAUUGUUUACGUAUCACGAGGUGUUUGGAAAAAUUCACGGUGAUGUUGUGAAUCAUCAAUUGGCGGCGGCGCACAGUGGUCAAUUGCCACCGCCGCCCCCCUUGCCACCACAAACGCAUGUCACGUCAGCUGCUGCAGCGGCAGCAUCCACCAAUAAUGCAGCGGUAGCUGCUGUGAUGGCCUCAGCAAAUGCGGCAGCAGCUGCUGCAGCGGCAGCAUCAGCCGCCUCGGCGCCGGUGACGACAACAACGUCUAGCGGUGGUGCCGGCGGACAACAGACCACGUCCACAGUGACCACUACAGGGGGCGGUAGCGGCGGCGGCGGCAGCACGAGCACGGGUGAGUUGCUUAUGCCUAAAAUGGAGGGCGGCAUACAUGGUGUCGAUGGGCAGUCGACUGUGACGCUAGCACCGGAUGGCACGCCCAUAGCAACGGGUACCCAUGUCUGCGAUAUAUGCGGCAAGAUGUUCCAGUUUCGUUAUCAGCUGAUCGUGCAUCGUCGCUAUCAUAACGAACGGAAACCGUUCAUGUGUCAGGUGUGCGGUCAGGGGUUCACCACAUCCCAGGAUUUGACGCGUCAUGGCAAGAUACACAUUGGCGGUCCCAUGUUCACCUGCAUCGUGUGCUUCAAUGUGUUUGCGAAUAACACAAGUCUGGAGCGGCACAUGAAGCGACAUUCGACGGACAAGCCGUUCGCCUGCUCCAUUUGUCAGAAGACAUUCGCACGCAAAGAGCAUUUGGAUAAUCAUUAUCGUUCGCACACCGGUGAAACACCGUUUCGUUGCCAAUACUGUGCUAAGACGUUUACGCGCAAGGAGCAUAUGGUUAACCAUGUGCGCAAACACACGGGUGAGACGCCACAUCGUUGCGAUAUUUGUAAGAAGUCCUUCACGCGCAAGGAACACUAUGUUAACCACUACAUGUGGCACACUGGUCAAACACCGCAUCAGUGCGAUGUCUGCGGCAAGAAAUACACGCGCAAGGAGCAUCUAGCCAAUCAUAUGCGCUCCCACACCAACGAGACGCCGUUCCGUUGCGAAAUCUGCGGCAAGAGCUUUAGCCGCAAGGAGCACUUCACCAAUCACAUCCUCUGGCAUACAGCAGGCGAGACUCCGCACCGCUGUGACUUUUGCUCCAAGACGUUCACGCGCAAGGAGCAUCUGCUUAAUCAUGUGCGCCAGCAUACCGGAGAGUCGCCGCACCGCUGCUCGUACUGCAUGAAGACGUUCACACGCAAGGAGCAUCUGGUGAACCACAUACGCCAGCACACGGGUGAGACACCGUUCAAGUGCACCUACUGCACGAAAGCGUUCACACGCAAAGAUCACAUGGUUAAUCAUGUACGGCAACAUACAGGCGAAUCGCCGCACAAGUGCUCCUACUGCACAAAGACGUUCACGCGCAAGGAGCAUCUAACGAAUCAUGUGCGCCAGCAUACGGGCGACUCACCGCAUCGGUGCACCUACUGCAAGAAGACCUUUACGCGGAAGGAGCACUUGACGAACCACGUGCGCCUCCAUACGGGAGACUCGCCGCACAAAUGCGAAUACUGUCAGAAGACAUUCACGCGCAAGGAACAUCUGAAUAAUCAUAUGCGCCAGCACUCGAGCGACAAUCCGCACUGCUGCAAUGUGUGCAACAAGCCCUUUACACGGAAGGAGCAUCUUAUCAAUCAUAUGUCCCGUUGCCACACCGGAGAUCGUCCCUUCACAUGCGAGACUUGCGGCAAAUCGUUUCCACUUAAGGGUAAUCUGUUGUUCCAUCAGCGCAGUCAUACGAAGGGACAGGAGUGCGAGCGUCCGUUUGCCUGUGAGAAGUGCCCGAAGAACUUCAUCUGCAAAGGUCACUUGGUCUCGCACAUGCGGUCCCAUUCGGGCGAGAAACCGCACGCCUGCACUCUGUGCAGCAAAGCUUUCGUCGAGCGUGGCAAUUUGAAGCGCCACAUGAAGAUGAACCACCCGGAUGCUAUGAUGCCGCCACCACCCGUGCAUCCGCAUCCGCAAAUACCGGCUGGUGUGCUGACGCAAGUCAAGCAAGAAGUGAAACCGAUCAUAAUUCCCCACCAAUCGACGACCACAAUGCACACCAUUCAACAGAUAACUGCAGGAGCUGCCGCCGGUGCCAAUGCCGUUCAGUUAACGCCUGGGCUAGUACCGCUCGUCACAUCGACCCUCAUCUCGCACAAUGCCCAGCAGCAAUCGCAGAAACAGCAGCAGCAACAACAACAACAGCAGCAGCAGCAACAACAACAGCAACAAGCGGCUGCCCAACAGCAGGCAGCUCAGCAGCAAGCGGCCGCCGCACAUCAGCAGCAAGUGGCAGUACAGCAGCAACAGCAAGCGGCGGCAGCUGCAGCUGCGGCGCAUCAACAACAACAGCAACAGUUGCAGCAACAACAGCAAUUGUUGCAGCUGUCCAUCCAGCAGGCAGCGCAUCACCAUCAACAGCAGCAACAGGAGCAGCAUCGUCAGCAUCAGCAGCAACAUCAUCAGGCGCAGCAACAGCACCAAGGUCACCCGCAAGCGCCGCCACCGCCACAGCAGCAACAGCAGCCGCCACCACAAGUGCCAAUUGCACUGAUCAGUGAUCCAAGCGCGCUGGCACGCGCUGCCAUGCAAUUGCAGCAUUUGCCGGCCAAUGUGGAACAGCAUCCAGUGGUUUACUAACAGUAGCCUCUCCUGCACGGCUAUACGCCCGCGACGACAACGAGCACGACGACAGCGACGGUGGCGACGGCCGUGGCGGCAGCAGCUCAAUGGUGAGCCUCAGCAGCAGCCCUUCAGUCCAGCAAACGAGGGAAUAAAUAUGGAAGAGCCCCCACAGAAGAUACAGACAUAACCUACGCCUAUAACAUACAUACAUACACACAUGCAUCCACACAUAAGCAGCUAGUUAUAGUUUAUCAGCGCCCUCUAAGGAUACACAAUUCUCCUCCUUUCUACACCAGCUUGAGUCGUGCAAUACAGCCGCAAACAUCUCAUAGUUUCGUGCUUUUCAAGCACUCCUUUUUUGGGAACACGCACAGCUCAUUUUUAAAAUGGGCUGCGCUCAACGUUUCUCCUUUUGCUUCCACAGAUCUUUGUACAUUUUUGAAAUGUAACCGCUAGCGGUGGCGCACAGAGUCGCAUAAACUGGUAGCUGUGCUACCAAUAAUAAUAACUCGUAGACGCCUGUAGACUUUUUAAAAGUAGCCCAGUAGUUGGAAUGAAAUUGUGUAGCCAAGCGUUGAAAUGGUAUUUUAACUAUACAUAUUUUGUUAUUUAAGUCACACAUGCUUGAAGGAUAUGUGUAAUAUUAAAUAUAUAUAUAUAUAUACACACACCCAUACAAUAAUUAUAUCUGUCCCCAUUACCGAUCCCACAUCCGAACUCGAUCGAACUCGAACGGAGUGCAAAAAUUGAUUAUAUAUUUAAACUGAAAGUGUGCAUCUCUCAAACGAAUGAAAAUUAAACUCUGCUGCAAAUCGGAACAGACCUGUAUAUUAUAGUAUUUUACAACAAACUUGCACGUUUAUGUUAUUUAUAUAUGAAGCAGCAGCAGGAUAAUUAAUUGUAUUAUUUUUGCAUUUUUUUUAUUGAAAAACUAAACUCACACACACACAUAAACACACAAGUAAAACGUACAUAUGUAACAAAAUCAGUUAAUAAACUAUGCUUACCUACAUAUAAACUAUUAAAAAGAAAACAUACAUAUAUAUACACAUACAUAUAUACCACGGCCAAUGCCGGCCAUUAAAGUCUUAUACCGUUUAUACGAGCGCAAGCCCAGUUGGUAAUUAACCUAAAGCCUACUAUCCCCCUCUAAGCCCUCCUUCCCAUUACACUUAAGUUGAAUGCGUACGAAGAGAAGAAAUGAGCAGAACUGUUGCUGGAAACCUUAAAUAUUUUGCUUAAUGCGAGAAAUCAAGUUGUACGACGUAUUAAGAAAGCAGCGAGAAGUAACAACUUUAAGUUAAGGCAGAAACUAACAAGAUAAAUCAUUAUAUAUAUACGAUAUAUAUAUAUAUAUAUUUAAUGCUAGAUGAACUACUAAAAUUAAUAAAACAAAAAAAUAUAUAUAAUAAAAAUAACUAGUUCUUAGUUCUUUUGUGCAGAGGCGCAAUUGCUAACAUUAUAAUGAUGAAUGAUUAUGAUUACGAUUAUUAUACGACUACUAAAAUUAUUGCUACGUUAAACAACAUCAACAACAAAAUACCCCAAUAUUAAAGUUAACAACAACAACAACAAGUGUAGGCACAACUCUAAACAAAAUUUAUAACACACACUGUGCUUAUGUUAUAAACAAAAGGAGAUGGCAAGUCAAAGCCUGCGAAGCGCCACAAGCAACAACAUAUCUGCUUUAACUUUUAAAAUAUAUAUAUACAUGUAUACAUACAUACAUAAUAAUUAUAAACACACACAUACACACACACACCUACACAAACAUAAACAUAAAUCCUUUUAAACACACAUAAUGCUUCCUUUUAAAUGAAACAUUUUACCAUUAAUUUAUAAUUUAGCCAGCGAAAAUGUGUUUUCUUUAAUUAAAAAAAAUAAUACAUUAUAAUAAUAAAACGAAAGGCAUUACAACAAA